ACGUCACGGUGACGUGGGGUCGUAUACACGGAAGUUGGUUGCUUAGCUUCAAUGUGGCGAACAUGAGCUGUACUGUGAGUAAAACUGACUCAAACGUAUGAAAACGACAGAGUUGCACGGCUCAUGACACUAAAGGUAACAUUUACCCACCAAAUGUGAAGGAGCAGAGAAGUUCCUCACGCCUCACCUGCAGCUGAGACGGAAACAUGACCACAGGUUUCCCCACACCUGUAUACUCUCAUGCGGGACGGGGAGACUUCAGGGAUGUUUACGAGCCUGCUGAGGACUCGUUUCUACUGAUUGACGCGCUGGAAAAGGAUGCAGAGAGACUCCAGCUCAUGAGCCCUUCCGUGUGUUUGGAGGUGGGCAGUGGCUCUGGAGUGGUGUCAGCAUUUCUGGCAUCAGUUAUUGGCCCUUCAGCUCUUUAUCUUUGCACUGAUGUGAAUCCGGCAGCAGCUCAGUGCACAGCAAAGACGGCUUCCUGCAACAAUGUGUCUCUGCAGCCUGUUCUCACAUCCCUGGUGGACUCUCUUCUGCCUCGACUAGGCGGGAAAGUGGACGUCCUCCUCUUCAACCCUCCUUAUGUGGUCACCCCUUCAGAGGAGGUCGGCAGCAGAGGUAUAGAAGCAGCCUGGGCUGGUGGGAGACGAGGACGAGAGGUCACAGACCGCUUUCUGCCUCUGGUAGCUCCGCUGCUCUCCAGUAAAGGUUUAUUCUACCUCAUCACUAUAGCUGAGAACGAUCCAGAGGAAAUCAUCCACUCACUAUGUAAGCAUGGUUUGAAGGGAGAGUCCUGCUUGUCCACGAGAGCUGGGAACGAAAGACUGUCUGUGCUGCGCUUCCAUCGGAGCUGAUAAAUCCUCUCUAAACGGAUUAAAGAACGUAUAUUUUUGCGGAACAGUGUGUGUGCAAGGACUCAUUUUGAGUGAAGAAAACAUUAUGUCCAGUGUAAAUAAAAUAUUCACAUG